UCUCUCUCGUCGGAGUUGGCAAAACUUGAGAAGCGCCUAGAAGAGACAGACCACAGGAUAAAAGCUCUGCAAGCAAAGAUGGUGUCCACCCAAGGUUGUGUAGUAAAACAUUCUACUCUGAUGAGAGAGCUGGCAGCAGGGCAACGGGUAGUGGACCAAAGGCUGGAAACCCUGGAGAACAAAGUGCGAGCUCGGAACUUGAGGGUCACUGGUAUCCCAGUGGCUGUCAGAGAUAUGAAUCUCAUUCCAUUCAUAGAAAAUCUAGUGCCAACUGCCUUGGACUUAAAUGGGAAAGCAGACCCAGUCUGUAUAGAAAAUGCUUACCGUCUCCCAGCAAGGAAUACUCAGGAUAAUACCAGUACUGUGGUAAUAACUCUCUCUGAUUUAAGGCAUCGGCAGAGAAUACUGAAGGCAUCACAGGCUUUCCAGUCUGCAGACUUCCAGGGACAUAAGAUAUCCUUCUUCCCUGACCUCAGUCCAGUCACAUAUGCUAGGAGGAAGCAUUUUGUUGCCCUCAGGCAACUGUUUCUGAAAGAAGGAGUUUGGGCUUAUGUAUUGUAUCCUGCAAAGCUAAAGGUUAUGCACCAAGGAAAAAACUACAUCUUUAAGGAUCAUGUACUUGCAUCUCAGCUGUUGGAUAGAAUCAGAAAAGAAAAGAUGACUAUGACUUUGAUCCGCAACAGACUGGGUCUUCUGGUACUCGGAGUCCUUGUUACCUUUGUCCUCUACCUCUUACUUCCUGCAAUCCAACAUGAGAGAUUUACAUCUUCCGUUGACAUCCCCAAGCCACGAGCUAUGGAGGAAGAUAUGAAGAAGGGUCAAAGCAGCAGCAAUGUCACCAUCCUGACAGGGACAGUCUUACAGAACCCUUCUGUUUUUUUCAGAGAAGCUAUACUGGUACAGAAAGAUGGGGCUCCUAGCACUGAAAACAGGCUGGAGGUCAUAUUCCUGCAUGGUCAGUCCUUCACUUCCAAAACAUGGGAGGAACUGGGGACAUUGGCUUUGCUCUCUGAGAGUGGGCAUCGUGCAAUAGCCAUUGAUUUGCCUGGCUAUGGGGAGACUCCACGUUCCACUGCCUUGGACACAGCUCAAAGUCGUGUUGCCUUUCUGCAGCAAGUCUUCAAAGAGCUAAAGCUUCAAAGGCCUGUUCUAGUCAGUUCAUCCAUGAGUGGCCGCUAUUCUAUCCCAUUCCUUCUGGCCAGUGGGGAACAGCUGAAGGGCUUUGUGCCUAUUGCACCAGCAGGCACCAAAGACUUCACUACUCAGCAGUAUGAGCAAGUCCAGACUCCAACUGUGAUUAUUUAUGGAGAGCACGAUACCGUCCAGGGCCACCAGUCUCUGCAAAGCCUUCAACAGAUACCUAAAUCCAGAGUAGUUGUGUUGCCUGGAGCUGGCCAUGCCUGUUACCUUGAUAAGCCUAAAGAGUUUCACAAGGUGCUCCUGAAUUUCCUGGGUGAGCUCAAGUGACUGUGUGGAAUCCUCUUUCCCCUACCAUCUUGAGGGGGGACAAAGAACCAAGACAAUUUGUACCACAUGACUGGGGUGCUGUGUGUUUGAAUGUGUUGCUCUAUAUUUAAAGGGCUGUGGGUUGUGCUGACUGCUCAUGGAAGGAACUUCUCACUGCUUGCUUGUGGGGCUGUUUCCAUUAUGCCUGUUUCCAGGCUUGACUGGCUAAAUCCUGCAUUCUUAAGCAGAAAAACUGGAUCAAGGGGUUGAUGGAAUAGGGUAACUCCUCUGAGGUGUCUGUUACAAAGGAGUCUGGAAGUGUCUGUUAUAAAGGAGUCUGGAGAAUUCAGUCUGCACUUCACAGACAGCCUCUCAUCCUGUUUUAAGAGCUGAUCCCUAUGAAUGAGGGUACAGUUCUAAUAUCUUGUUUCAGGAGCACAAGCCAUUUUUGGAAUGCUGAGGUGUCACUUCUCCAUCAUCAGUGGGCUUCUGCACUCCUACUGUAAGGCUUAAGUUCUCAUCAUGUACUUAUUGAUUUACAUCCAACCUUUUUAUUGGCUGGGAUCUCCUAGAAUUCAUCCAUUGAUGGAACAAGACCAGGUGGACUUUUGUACUGGAUGAUGGUGCCCAUGUGUAUGACAUUGUUUGGAAUAUCUGAGCAGAAGGAAGUGGUUUUGGAAUUGGCAAGAAAAAAAAUCCCUGUCUAAAUUUCUUUCUCCUAACCCCCUACCCCAUAACAGACACACAUACCCAGAAAUACUUAGUGUGCCUGAGGCUCCAGAUCUAGUAAGUUGGUUGUUGUAUGUAAAUUAUUUUCUUUUUUUGUUGUUGGAGAUUGUUAUAUGAGCUAUUGUUCAAAGUAGAAGGUGUGGGAUAUAGGGUACUGACCUAUUAAGUUAUCCGGGGAAUGCAGCUCACAUAUUGGGGGAGGGAAUCAUUUAUCCUGCUCACAAGGUUAUAAGCUGUCUUAGGCUUAUGAGCAUUGCAGAACUGUUAAGUGUCAAUCAUUUCUGCAUACGUGCUUAUGCUAGCCACUAAUUGGAGCAAGAAAGCCUUGUUUCACAGUAGCAUGGAAGCAUACUUGCCAGUCAUCUUCUGAAAUGGAUAUUCUUGUCACCCACUUACCUUGGAAUGGACUUCCUCUCUAUUCAUCCAUAUUAGAAGCAUUGAACUGGCCAGAUGUGUCCUAGGCCUGGCUGUCUAUCAUUUUCUGUUAACACGAGCCAUCACUCUACAACUCGGGCUGCUCAACCUCUGAAGCCUGAUAUGAAUUGAGACUGUGGCUGAAGAUCUGAGCAUACCUGUCAUGUAAAAGACAUUUGGGUUUAUAAUACCUCUCUAAAAAAGACACCAGUAUAGAUCUGAGGCAUUUUCACCAUGCUGCAAUAAUUUAACCAACUUUCCCAGCACCUUUAUUGUAGUAAAAUUUCACAGGCCUCAUUUGGGCAAGAUAUUUCCUCUGUUGUAAACAUGCAUUGUGUUUUUCUGAAUGCUCUUCUAAAUGUUUUCAAGUGGAUUCUUUGUGUGUUCCUCAGCACUCUGAAUCAUUCAAGUUGAAUUGUUUUGAAAUUCAUAUGGUCAUAUUUCAUAUGUCAGAUGGUUAAUUUACAAAUGUCAGAGCUUUGUUUGAUCUGCUAUAACUGCUUGUCUGAACAAUCUUGAGCAUCUUCAGGUGCCUAUGCUGCUCUGUGCUAUGUAAGCCAUUGCCUUAGAGGGCCACUCCUGACCAGGAGCAAACAGAACCAAACCCCAACAGCUCUGCCAAUGCCUUGAGGGCUACUUGGCUCAGACAGUUGGCAUCACCUCUGCAGUUCUCACCCCCUGGAGUGUUGCCAGUUUCAGGAGGAAGCAGUAGGUGAACUGAUGCCCACUGUUAGUCUUGCUGAGCAGAGUGGCUCCUGCUGCACUGGCUCUUAUAGUAGCAGGGGGAGGGGGGCUGCUUGGCUUGUGCCAGGGCCAUUUUCAGUUCACAGUCCACUGCUGGUGUGGGAAAUUUGUGGAUGUUUUUCCACAAUGCAGACAAUGGGUGGAUUGAAAAAUGUAAUUCUAAUUUAUCUGGGAAAUUAGUGAGGACAUAUUUUGCUGGCUUUCAGGCCUGAACACCUGAAACUACUGCCAGGGUGGUAUCUAUCUUAUAAAUGCAGCAGCGGGGAGGGCUUACUUACAUGGUACGUGUCCGUCUCUAACCAUUUCCUGACUUAACCUUUUUGGACAAACAUUUCAACACAUGCAAGCAUUCAGACUUGUGAAGGGGACAUUGAUGGAAGAAUGAAUGUGCCUCAGGCCAGGAGGGCUGGAUCUGUAAUCUAGAACAUGGAGGUUUUCUUCUGUCUUUUGGAGAUGGUGAAAUCCACCUUUACACUUGGUGAAAUGGCCUGCCCAGGGAAAAAAGUUUCUUUCUUACAGAACAUGGGUGAAAAUGGCUUUCAGUUUGAUGGAAUUUGAACCCAAGGCUAAUAUUCAAAGUUAAAUGAAGUCUAAAGAAGGUUUGCAUAAAUGCUCAAGAUAAUUAUUAAAGGACCAGUUAGGCAAUA